ACCACGGAGAGGUCCAGGCUGACACCGAGCAUGGCUGUGGACGCGGCGUCCAGCUUCAGUUUCUGCCGUGCCUCCCUGGAGCACACGGUGUCUGCUGAGGAGCUGAGCUACCAGCUGCCGCGUCGCGCCGGAGGCAGCAACCUGACCUGGCACGACGGCCGUGGCCAGAAGACUGCACAUACACGCACCGUCAAAUUACUGCAGCAGCCGGGCACAGAGGGCGUCCAGCUGCUUCCGGGUGAAGCCUUCACCGUCUACCACACCAGCCCUACGCUGUCCAGUUUGUCCAAACCAGUGGUUCUGUGGACUCAGCAAGAUGUCUGCAAGUGGCUGAAGAAGCACUGUCCUCACAACUACCUGACCUACGUAGAAGCGUUCUCCCACCAUGCCAUCACAGGACGGGCAUUGCUGCGUUUGAACGAAGAAAAGUUAGAGAGGAUGGGAAUCCUCCAGGACAGUCUGAGACAGGAGGUCCUCCAGCAGGUCCUCCAGCUGCAGGUCAGAGAAGAGGUUCGCAACUUGCAGCUCCUUAGCAGAGCCUCCUUUGGAAACUUCUCCUAGCUCAUCCCUGGAUCUGUGUGGCAGCCCUUACCCUCCUCCCCUGUCACAGUCCGUCUCUAGGAGCCGCGGAAGAGCUGCUAUCUCCAGAAAUGUGAGUGGAGAACCAACAAGUGAAAGGGGAAGAGGACAAGCCUAUAGACUUCAUGCCAACCAGUCCGGAGGAUUCUCAUUCAGGCAUGGCCAAACUGGUUUACAGGCACAGAGACAGAGACAAAGCCUCCUGUUCAACGCUGGGAUACCUUCGGAAACGAUGCAAUGAACGAUCCACCACUCUAGGAGAGAAUGGAUCCCAGCGAUGUGGAUGAUUCUUUCAAAUUUGGGAAACUUUCAUUUGAUGAGUUUAAACUGAAUGUCAGUGCCACAUUGAACCAUUUUGUAUUGUGAAUAAUUAGGAUAUCAGUGAGAAAUUAGACCUUUAUAUAUAAGUGUGUGUUGUAGAGUAACUGACUUUAAUGUGUAGAUCCUUAGUGUUAAUUAAUGGAAACUCUAGGACAUUUCGUAGAGUUAAAAGGAUAUUCACUGACUGUUUAUGCAUAAAGCAAUAACUUGAACAUGUCAUGGGUAGAGGGUAUUGUAUACAAGAAAUAAAUUCAGAAAUCUUUUCUGCAGAAUU